CAACUGCAAAAGCAUGCUGACCCUGGCGACGUUUUGAACAGCCUUACGAGCACUGGGUGUCAUGUUUCAACACUCGUGACAUGUUCACCAAGUUUAGCCACAACGAAACGACUUAAGACAACGAUGGUCACACCAGAAAGAGCUAGGAACGCGAUGCAAUAACUAUAAGAUCGCCUUACCUGUCGACGAAGAUGAUCUAGGACUCCUGGUGGGACCCAUACAUUCAUAUGACAUAUACAUAUACCUUUGAAGCUCUCGACGACCGCGUAGGCAUACGCGAUUAUAAUCUCACAACUUACAGCAUCCAUAACGCGCCUCUAGCGUAUCGCACACUCAACCCUGUUCUCCACACCGAUAUCACUGAUACCUCUGAACCAACGACACCGGUCUACAUACCCACGAAAUCAUCAACACGUCCAGCGGAGAUAGACACGACCACAGUAACGCACCGCCCUGUUCUCUCAACUACUCCGACAUCAAUACCACAAAUCUCAACACCCACCAACCCACCCAAGUCCAUCGCUCCUUCCAUCAUCACACGACCUUCCACAACAAAAACCAUGACGGACAUCCCCGCACCGCUUCUGCAAGCCCUGCGCCUCUUAAUACGCGCAAACCACAUUCUGCACCAGCACCACCUCGUUGACGCAUUCGGCCACAUCUCUCUGCGGCACCCUUUGGCACCAGACCAAUACCUGAUCGCAGCCUACGACCCAGGCGCGCCCGCUCUGGUAAGAAGCCAACAGGACUUCAUAUCCUAUCGAGUACGGGACAGUACACCCGUGGAUCCAAAUGCACCACAAGGCUACUCCGAGCGCUUCAUCCACGGUGAAAUCCUGCGUCGCUUCCCAGACAUCAAUUGCGUGGUCCAUUCGCAUAGUGAGACUGUGAUUCCGUUCACACUCGCCAACAUCCCCGUACGACCUGUGUUCCACAUGGCCGGCUUCCUCGGUGCCUCAUCGAAAGGUAUCCCGGUGUUUGAUGCGCAGGACGCGUAUAGAGAUUUGGUAGGCAAGGUGGAAAUCACACCAGACAUGCUGAUCAAGAAUCAACCCCUCGGGAAAGCGCUAGCUCGCAAGCUCCACCUGUCAACACCGGUGGUGUUGCAGCAUAAGCACGGGUUUACAUGCAUGGGCAAAACGGUCGAGGAGGCGGUGUAUAGGGCACUCUACACACAAACAAACUGCGAAUUAUUGUCCAAAGCCUUGCGAUUCACAGGAGGGGAUGUGGACCGGGUUAGCUAUCUGAGCGAGGAGGAAACGAAAAGCUGUAAGAAGAUGAAUGAGAAAUGUGUGGAUAAGAGUUGGCGGUUGUGGUUGAGAGAAGUCCAGACGAAUCCGCUGUAUGAGAAUGAGGAGGGAGAGCCGGAGGCGCUGGCUGUAAGUGGUAUGAAGGUCUGAAGACUGAUAUGGAAAACGUUCAUGAUGUAACCGUAAAAACCGAUACCGUUGUCCUACCUCACGCGUAUGUGAUGU